AUGGCAGUCUGGUUCUCAGUCUUUGCUGCACUGCUUUAUGUGGCACUGACAGCUUACAGUCGGCAGAUUGAGAGGGUACGAAUGAUAUUCGCUCAGCUCUGCUGUCAGCCUGAAUGCAACUUAUCUGGUCGCUUGAAAUUGGCUGCAGAGGUCAAGUGCAGUAUCUGCAUUGUCAGCCCACGACUGACAGAAGUGUCGCUGUAUGAAGCCCCUACCGCCGCUAUCAGUAUCCUGCGAAAGCUUCUAGAAAUAGAUUUGAAGGUUAGCAAGGUCGACGACAUGGUGGGUUAG